UGGAGUGUACAUCAGCAGCCGACUACAGACACAACCAUGAACUCAGCCUUCACUGUUUUCCUCACCUGCCUGCUUGUCCUCUGUGUACAAGGACAACCAGGCCACAGAUCUAGUCGAUGCAAGUGUUAUAGUUAUGUCGGCCGGACCGACCCAAAGAUCAUCAAGGGAAUACUCAUACACGACCCAAGUAUCUACUGUCCAAAGACAGAGAUUAUUAUCACAACAACAGAAGAUAAGCAGAAGUGUGUGAAUCCAGAGUCACCGCUGGGAAAAACCAUUCUGAAAAACAUGAGCAGGUAAGAUGAGCUUGACCUCACACACUUCAGAUAACAGAACGCUGUUCAUGCUCAUGUUUCAUAUCUCUGCUGCUUUUUACUAACAGUGCAAUGUGCUGUUGUUUCAGGUUGAGGAAGAACAGAUCUGUGAGCACGACGACCACUUCCAGCCAAACUAGUACUCAGAGCUCAAUCAGUCUCCAGAGCACCUCCACCAUGUAGAGCUGCUGUAUCUUCACUGAAACCCUCAAUCUGCUGUUUCUCACUGUUGUCAACAUAUAA